UUCAAAUUAAUAAACUUUAGUUAAAGACGAGGUGAAAUACUUAAAGAUUUAAUAUUUGGAAUUAGUACAAAAGUGCAAACGUUGCAGUACGUUCUGAAUUCUUCGAAAUUCACCAACCAACUGAUCUAAAUCCAGUUUUUUUGUCAUAACAUGAUGAAGAUGUAGAAUUGCAAUGUUAUUAAGAUGAUCUUGCAACAUUGUAGAACGUAGAUAAUUCUUCAGUCGCCUUAAACUGGAAAAACUUCGUUCAUUAGUGCAAGUGGAACCUGGUACAGUCAGGAAAAGCUGAAAUAUUCUGGAACGAGCACACCAGGCAUUUUUCUCGAAGAAUGUUACUACAUCUUUCACAUGUCUCAGUUAAACAUUUUUCGCUGUUAAAUUUCUUACUAAAAAAAAUGUCAAGCUAAAAUUCACACUAAAAAAUGUCACGUAUGGUAUGUACCAUACUGACCAUACUGGUGCUGCUACCUCUGCAAUUAUCUGCGUUUUACAUAUAAAUCGUGAUACAUGGAAUUUAUUUGACAUUUAAUUCAUUAUUAAUAAAUGUAAUAGGUGUAAUCUUUAUAAUUAUGAAGAUUUUUUAAUUUUAACAUCGAAUUUUCUGAAAUAUAGAUUAAUAUAGAUUAUCGUCCAAAGUGACUAUUUAAAUGCAGGACAACGCUGCUGAUUUUUAUCCGAAUAUUGGAAGAAAGAUCGCAGAGUGCGAAUAUUGAUUUUACAGUCCUCACAUUUAAAUUUGCUUCCCUGGUUUGCCGAUCGAUCCCGAGAAAUGCUACCGGUCCAUACGUUCGUGAGAUACGAAAGAUACUGAAGCGAGAACACUGUCUUUUGUCGACGUCGUCGUUCGGUUAUCCUCGUGACGCGUAAGACGAGUCGGGUGACUCUUAUCUCGUAGAGCACCACUCUCGCGACGAUAAACAAAAUCCACGCCAUCGCGUAUCGGCUUUCGACAUGUUUCCACCAGCGCCCCGAUCGAGAGGCUUCUUCUUUUAUCUCUCCUCGCGACUAUUUUGCCAACGUCAACUGUCGAUCGCCAUCGCGCGUAUUGAAACCCUUGAUGCACAAAAAUAUCACCGGGAAUGUUGGAAAUUGUCAUAACGGCUAGUAUUUUUAUUUAAAAAACUUGAUAAAAUAUUACAUUUGCUGUUUUUACUAGAUUUAUUACUUGUAUUGUCUGUAUUAAUCUAAUUUCAGUUUAAAAGUAAACGAAGCGUGUCCGUUUGAUUACAACGAAAAUUGUUUCUUUCGUUAUCGGACAGACGAGGAUAAAAACGUUAUGUGUUAAGCUUGCUUAAUGAGUGAGAUGGUACUGUCGAACGAGUUCCAAAUAAAGUUUUGCGGGGUCAAUCAGCCUUAUGUCGGUGAAGUUGGCAUAUCAAUUUCCAGCAAAUCAAAAAUAAAAGGGAAUUUUUGUCGCAUGCAGUCAAGUUCUAUAGUUCCUGAUAUUUUUUAGUAAUAAUUCUGGUGAUUUUAUCCAAAAGCAGUCGAUUGAAAAAAUGAUCUGCUAACUUUUCGUAGCAGAUCAUUUUCUAGCAAAUCAAAAAUAAAAUGGAAUUUUCGCGCACAGUCGAGUUCUAUAGUUCCUGAUACUUUUUAGUGAUAGUUCUGGUAAUUUUGCCAAAAAAAGUUCAUUGAAAAAAUGAUCUGCUAGUUUUUCGUAGCAAAUGUCUACUAUACAAUUGUGAUAUGCUGGUGCUCUUUUCGAGAUCUACGUUAUAGUUCUAGUACUUCUCCAUGUAUUUCAGAAUUCUUCUGGAAUACUUACAUGAAGGAGUACUAGAUCUAUAAUAUAGAAUUCAAAAAAAGAGUCCCGAACUUAAGUAAUGUACUAUCACGAUUAUAUGGGUGAAGUAUUGAUAAAAAUUGUUAAUAAUUAUUCGAAAAUUGCUAAAACUCUUCUGAAAUACAUGGAAGAGCACUUGAACUACAACGUAGGCCUCGAAAAGGGCCCAGAACUCACAUUGAUGCAUCAGCAUGUUACAAUCGUAUAGUAGAGACGUUGAUAAAAAUUGUUAAUAAUUAUUCAAAAAUUGCUAGAAACUAGAACUUUUCUGAAAUACAUGGAGGAAUACUAGAUCUAUAACGCAGGACUCGAAAAUAGCCCCCAACUUACAGUAAUGUAUUAGCAUAUCACGAUUAUAUGGAUGAAGUAUUGAUAAAAAUUGUUAACAAUUAUUCGAAAAUUGCUAGAAGCUGAAACUCUUCUGAACUACAUGGAGGCACUAGAAUUGUAACGUAAGCCUCGAAAAGAACUCACGUCAAUGCACCAGUAUAUUGCAAUCGUAUAAUAGACGUUUGCUACAGAAAACUAACAGAUCAUUUUUUCAAUGGACUUUUUUGGCAUAAUUACCAGAACUAUUACUAAAAAGUAUCAGGAACUAUAGAACUUGACUGUAUGCGAGAAGAACUCCCUUUUAUUUUUGAUCUGCUAGAAAAUGAUCUGCUACGGAAAGUAUUAGCAGAUUAUUUUUUCGACUGUUUUUUGUAUAAAAUUACCAGAACUAUUACUGAAAAGCAUCAGGAACUAUAAAACUCAACUGCAUGCAACAAGAACUCCCUUUUAUUUUUGAUCUGCUGGAAAAUUAUAUUCCAACUUCACGGACACGUCAGUCUUUCGAUCGGUCGCUUCGAGAUACAUACACAGUCGAUGUACAGUUACGCGCACUGCGUGCGUUUUGCAUAUCGUUUUACCAUAUCCACGAUUUUUUUCACAGCUCUAGACUCUAUUUCAUAAAACUGCAUAGGUACUGGUAAUAAGAGACGGACGAUAUUGCAGGUGAUAAUACUAGGCAAUUACGUCUAGAAAUUGAUGUUGCUUUACCAAAUUCCAAGAGUCGCAGUUUUAUAAAACAAAAAUCCAUUUUCGGUUUAAGGGUUAAAUCCCCUGUCGAAUUCCCGCGGUGAUCUGCGGGAGGAGCGAGCGAGAGAAAGAGAGGCUGUUUCGUGUAGUGAGAACAUGUCGACGACGGAGAACGGUACCACUGGCGGCGCGCAGAGCAACGGCAUCAAGACUCUAUCGUCGUCAUCGUCCUCGUCAUCCACGGUGUCGUCCACGACAUCGUCGGGCAUCUCUCCAUCAUCUGGCGGACGUGUCGGCCUAUCCAACAACAGCAACUCGUCCUUCCUCUACAGCAGUAGCACGCUGCUGAACCGGGAGAAGGCGCGGCAAGUGCCGCCGCCGACUCUGCCCAGGUCGAGCUUUAACGCCGGCUCGAACGGCGGCAGCUACAAAUUCAGCCUGGAGAAACUCGCCCUGAGGCAGAAGAUACUGGAUGGGGAAAAGGCGAACGGCGAGUCUAGCUCGAUCCAAACGAAACGUGAGUUAUUCUUCAAGGGCGACAGCACGGGGAUAAUCUCAUCGCCGUCAGUGCCGUCGGUGCCGCCACCGCAGCCGCCGACACAAAUCCCCGGCUCUCAGGUGAACAAUUUGUCGUCGGUGGCGAACGCCACGACAGCUAGCAGCAGCCUCACGUCUCCGAACACGGCGCCGGUAUAUUCGAGCGGGGCCCUGACUGGGCUCAACGCAAAAUCGCGGCUGCCGGCCGCAGCAACGACAAUCCCGAACGACGCCUCGGAGGACAGCAACAGGCGCGAAUCGGCACGUACCGCGAUCUCCUCCAAAGAAGACAGCAACAAGGAGACUAGUCUGCUGCACCAUGCGCGACCCACUCCGCCCACCAAACCCAAGGAGCUCGACGGCUACGUCGGCUUCGCGAAUCUCCCCAACCAGGUCUAUAGGAAGGCCGUAAAGAAGGGCUUUGAAUUCACCCUCAUGGUCGUAGGGGAGUCGGGUCUCGGAAAAUCCACCUUGAUUAAUUCCAUGUUCCUGGCGGACAUAUACAGUGCCGAAUAUCCCGGACCUAGUCUCAGGAUAAAGAAGACAGUUGCCGUGGAAACUAGCAAAGUGUUACUGAAGGAGAAUGGCGUCAAUCUUACUCUCACGGUCGUUGAUACCCCUGGUUUCGGUGACGCUGUGGACAACAGCAACUGUUGGAUGCCAGUAAUCGACUACAUCGAGUCGAAAUAUGAGGAGUUCCUCAACGCGGAAUCCCGCGUGACGAGACGGCAGAUCCCAGACAGUCGAGUGCAUUGCUGUCUCUACUUCGUCGCGCCCUCUGGUCACGGAUUGAAGCCACUUGAUGUGGAGUUCAUGCAGCGUCUCCACGACAAAGUUAAUAUUAUACCUGUUAUUGCUAAGGCAGACACCAUGACGCCGGAUGAGUGCGCACACUUCAAGAAACAGAUCUUGAAUGAGAUUGCGCAACACAAAAUAAAAAUCUACGAGUUUCCGGAGGUCGAAGAGGAAGAGGACAACAAAUUCCAUAAAUUAUUAAGGGACAGAGUGCCAUUCGCAGUCGUGGGAGCGAAUACAGUCGUCGAACACGAUGGGAAGAAAGUGCGAGGAAGAAAAUAUCCAUGGGGAAUUGCAGAAGUUGAGAAUCUAGAACAUUGCGACUUCAUUGCGCUCCGAAACAUGGUAGUAAGAACGCACGUGCAGGAUUUGAAGGACGUGACGAAUAACGUGCACUACGAAAACUUCAGGUGUCGCACCUUGGCCGGUCUAGGCGUAGACGGCAAACCAACAAAGGCCUCAAAUAAUUUGUGCCCUCCAGGAGUGAUGAACAGUUUCAUGACGGUGUGGAACCCGUUGGCGCAGCUGGAAGAGGAGAAGCGUGAGCACGAUAACAAGAUGAAGAAAAUGGAAACGGAGAUGGAGCAAGUUUUCGAGAUGAAAGUUCGCGAGAAGAAGCAAAAGUUGAAGGAUUCCGAGGCGGAUUUACAGAGAAGGCACGAACAAAUGCGACGCUCGUUGGAGCAGCAAGUGCGCGAACUCGAGGAAAAGAGACGAGCGUUUGAGGUGGAAAAAACUGCCUGGGAGCAACAGACCGGCCACAGUAUUGAAGAAUUACGUAGACGCAGCUUAGAAGCGAAUUCGAAAGAGACGGGAUCGAUGUCCUCCGAGGGAUCUGGAGGCGGCGGGGGUACGUUGAGGGGGCCCCGAGGGAUAAGCAGCCUCCUUCGCCGUCACACCAGUUUCAAAUCACCUCAAGACAGCCCCGCACAGAUACAGCUUGUCAUACAGCAUCCUGAGCACCCUUAAUAGAGACCGUCUCCUAGAACGCUCUCGCUCGCUUGCGAGACCCGUUCCGAGAUCACCGCGCAAACUUCUCGCGCUCGACCCUUAUCAACCCUUAUCCAGUCGAGAUUGUCCUCUCUUUUGAACAGCGACAGGAUCACUCGAAACUUCUCUUAGAUCAACAAGAGUGAAAAUCAAAAUAAUUUAGAUUAGUCGGUGGCUCAAAUCAAAAUAGUAAAAUUGAAGUCUUUUGUUUUCGCUAUACACACGCGACAUCGAUCGCCUGAAUAAGGGUUGAGAAAAAUCUUAUCAUCCUCGAGAAGAGUAAGUGUUGCCUAUCUGAACGAUUCGUCGACGUUACUUCAGCAGUGAUUAAAGACAGAAAUAAAAAAUCCCUUUCUUUUGAA